AUGCUCCGCCGCCACCUCCACGACGACACCAUCCCCGCGCACUGUAAAGAGCCGCUUCGGCUUCAACUCCGCGAGCCCGACAUGUGUGGCAAGUAUGACGGUGCGGUUCCGCAGCACACCGUGGAAGACACGCUCAAUGAUGUGGGCCUGCAGGCGGGAGUCAAGCGAGGCAAGAACGUUGUCAAGCACAUACACAUCGGCGCGGGAGUAGAGUGCACGCGCCAACGCGACGCGCACCCGCUGCCCCGCGGAAAGAUGCACGCCCUUGUCGCCCACAACCGACUCGUCGCCCUUGGCAAGUGCCUCGAAGUCCUCGUUGAGGGCGCACGCCCUCGUGACAGUGCCGUACCAACGCGUGUUGUAGGUAUCAUCCAAUACAAUGUUUGCGCGUAUCGUGUCGUUCUGCAGCCAUGGUGUUUCAGAGCAGUAGACGGAGCGGCCAAAGACGUAAAAUCCGUCGGCAGAAGGCUGGAAUUCGUCCAAACGGCCACAUUUAAUCCGCGUGGUCAUUGA